GUUCUGGUGCCUGUGAAGAGAAAAAACAAGCAAGCCGCCACUAUUACAACAAACAAACAAACAAACUCCCACAAAAACCAGUGACUGUGGAGGUGUAAAUCUCUUCAUGACCAGCACUGACAUCCUGUCAUUGAACAUUUCAGAGGCAGCUAAGAUUUCAACUGGGGAAACGCCGGUGCCACAGCAUCAAGAGACAACACCUGCGCCCCCCUUGCCUUCCACAGUAAUUGCUUUGCACCAUGGGAAAUGGCAUGAACAAGGUUCUCCCUGGACUUUACCUUGGGAACUUCAUAGGUGAGCAGCACUGCUGAGAGCACCCAGAGAACUGUCUGAGCUGGAAAGUUACCGAUAGUCUGUGUUGCAUGACAUAUGCCAAAGAUUUGGAGCAACUGAGCAGGAAUAAGAUCACCCACAUUAUUUCAAUCCAUGAAUCUCCCCAGCCACUACUGCAGGAAAUGACUUAUCUUCGCAUUCCUCUGCCAGAUACACCCGAGGCCAACAUCAAGAAGCACUUUAAAGAAUGUAUCAGUUUUAUCCACUACUGUCGCCUGCAUGGAGGGAACUGCCUUGUUCACUGCCUUGCGGGGAUCUCCCGGAGCACCACCAUUGUUGUUGCCUAUGUCAUGGCAGUGACGGAGCUAAGCUGGCAGGAGGUACUGCAGGCGGUAAGAGCAGUGCGACCGAUUGCCAAUCCCAACCCCGGCUUCAAGCAGCAGCUGGAGGUGUUCGGCCACGGCCCUGCACGAAAGAUUCACAGACGCCUGGAGCAGAGAUAUGGAGCCAACACUUUCAAUGACGAGGAGGAGAUAAGGCUCCUGCUUCCAGCAGACAGAGAAGGCACAUCCAGGACAGAUGGACCCCUGCAGGGACUGGUGCCAAGGAGCAGAGACAUCAAGAACACAGUUCCCUUUCUGCUGCGGGUGAAGCAGACAUUCUCCUGCAUCCCCACCUGUUUGAAGUGAGUCCAGCUGAGGCACAGAGAGGAGGGAAGCAAGGCAUUCUGGGAAAGUGCAUAGCCUAACAUAUCAGACUGACAAACACCAAGGCUUGGAAAGGGACACCCCUGCUAUUGUAUGUCAGGGGAAAGGUACGGUCCAGUGGAGCAAGCACAGGCCUGGGAGCCAGGAACUCCUGGGUUCCCAUCCAAGCUCUGUUGUCUUCCUCUGUGGCUUUGGGCAAGUCACCAAACAUCUGCCUCAGUUUCCCCAUCUAACGUGUGGGGGGGGUUAAUUCUUAUGUUUCUGUUUCCCAGGCUGCUGUGAGGGUUGGUUAGUAAAUAUACAAAGGGCACUGGGAGGGUUAGAUGUGCUGACUGUCAUCAUCAGUGAAGAGAACGGCCUCGAGCACACAGCAUUGAGCCCCAGCUCACUGAGUCAGAUCAGAACAGCUGUGCAGGAGGGGAUUUUCCUGCUGCUAAGAGACUGUAUUGGAAAGUAGCAGCCAGGGAUGGACUUUGGCAGCAGAUUUUAAUACUUCAAUAAAUGCUGCACUGAACCCAUAAAAAUAAAAUAAAGCGUGGGGGGAAUGUCUCUUUAUAGAUGAAACUUUUUCCAUCAGCAAGUGGUUUCCACUGUCCUGGGGGGAUUGAUAAGAAGUGCGUGUGUGUUUUCCAUUAGACCCAGUACACCAGCCAGGAGACAGCUCUCAUGCAGGCAAAGGUCCAAAUGUAGGCAACAGGCUAAGUAGAAAUCAAGAUGAAUUGUGUGUUAACAGGGUUGCACUACAUUUCCUCUGAUCCUGGUGUGGUCUCCCACAGGGGGCAAAUAAUAUUUAACACAGGGCCAGGUGUUGCUAGAGCUCAAUAUUAAGCCAUUUUGUUUGAAGACUUUUUACAUACUUAUUUCCUAAUAAACUUCUUCUCAGUGCAGAGUUUUAUGUACAUUUCAGCACAGGGCAGAGUUCAAUCGGAAAAAGGGGGUGUGAUGAUUGGGGAAGGCUGGGAGUGAGCAAGGCUCUCUGGAGCCAGAAAGAGCCUUUGGGAGUAUGUAACAUCCCUGCCACCAAUGCUCCCGUGCGGCUGCAGCAGAGUGGACUAGGACAUUAAUUAUUCAUGCUUACUGCUAAUUUAUUUACUCAGUGCCUAAUGUGCACCAGGUUCUUUGCAGAGCAAAUAAAGAGACAAACUCUCUGCCUUGAAGAGCUUACACAGCCCAUGGCCCCAGUCCUGCAGAGAGCUUCACCCACGAGAACCUCUGCAUCUGCAGAGAGCUCCAUGGACAUCAGAGUAAACUAUGCAGGCAUGGGGCUCUGUCUGCACAGAGCUCGGGAUCAGAGCCAGACAUCAUUCCAGCUAUUUUGGACAUUAAAGUUAAUAAACUAGUGUAAAAACAACUCUAUUUAGGAGUGUCCCCCUUCACCCUCUGUCCUGACCUCUAGUACUGCACCUCCCAUGGCAGCAGUGUCCCACCAUCUCAGUCCUGGGUGACGAGAGCUCGGAGGCCCAUGUGUGAAAGUGCAAUUCUAAAAAAGCGUGGAAUAAAGAACUCACACAGCCGUGUUCCCGAGUGCAGACUGCCAAAGCAAUUGGACAUACCUAGCAAGCGCACCAGGCGCCUGGCUAGCAAAAGGACGUUGACUUUAUCCCUGCCACACUGGAGUUAAAUACCCAACAAACCUGCACCUUUGGGCCCCAUAGUCCUGCCUCUACGUUACCCAAUAAAAUCAGAUGACAGAACAUCAUCAGAAUGGCGGCUGCUGUCUGACACCCGGGAGAUUCCUGUGCAAGGAGCUCUUUGGCGGGACACAUGAAGCUGGUGGGAUUCGUAGCCUCAGGCUCCUCAGGACGUGGGCUCUCUCUUCCUAUAUGUCUGUGCAGCACCGAGGACUCUGGUGCCUUAACCCUCCCUCGGCGUUACAGCAGACAAAUGGAAUACCAGUCAUCUUGACGUGCCCCAUAAGCAUGCUGGGUUUCUAUGCUUCAGUGCCAAGCAUUUUCCUAUGGGUGUUGCCCUUGGCUAUGCCCACACUGUGAGCUACGAGCGUGAUUCCCCUGCUUGUGCACACACGCCAGUGCUGGGCAUUGUAGCCAGGAUAGCACAGGGAGCGACAGCAGAGGCAUGGCUGAGCAGUGCCAAGUGCAAACCCUCCUGAGACCAGUGGAUAUGCGCUUGCUGCUGCCCCUGUGCGACUGUGUCUACGCUGCUGUUGGUACUCACACGAGCUCCAGGUGUGAGUCUGUGUAUCUGAGCGGGGCAAAUCACGCCCCAUGCUCGUACCGUAGGCAUAGCCAUAGUCUGAGCGCCCGUGCUAGGCAAAGGCUCUGUGUUGCCCACAC